GACUGGGAGAUCAACGACUAACCAAAAGAAGGUCUUUCAGCACAACAGUUCUAGCUCUAUUCGAAGUUACACACAGCAAACGUUGUGCGGUCCUGUCACCAAGUCUUCGCGGAUCUGUCAUGAAGAAUGCACCAACAGUUUCUAAUUGAGAGCGACAGGUCGGAUUUCUACAGCCGAUAACCUUUAUUUCUGUGUGGAUAAUUUCUAGGUUUUUUCACGAUGGCAGGGGAUGGAACAACACUGAAAAAUCGUAUCACAAAUUUCCUCCGUACACCUUCCAUGAGACUGAAAAGAAGUCGUACGAAGGAAAACCUUCUCAGCAAGGUGACCCUUGAGAAAGUGCUGGGAGUCACGACUUCUGGAAACAGUGGCCUGGCCUGUGACCCCAGCUCUGGCCUGGUGGCAUACCCCGCAGGGUGUGUGAUAGUGCUGCUCAACCCUAAAAAGAACAAACAGCAGCACAUCAUCAAUACCUCCAGGAAGGCCAUCACUACACUAGCUUUCUCCUCAGAUGGCAAGUACCUGGUCACAGGCGAGUGCGGCCACCUGCCUGCGGUGCGUGUGUGGGACGUGGCGGAGGGCUCCCAGGUGGCGGAGCUGCAGGGCCACAAGUACGGCGUCUCCUGCGUGGCCUUCUCCCCCAACACCAAGUACAUCGUCAGCGUGGGCUACCAGCACGACAUGAGCGUCAACGUCUGGGCCUGGAAGAAAAACGUAGUGGUGGCCGCCAACAAGGUGUCCAGCAAGGUGACCUCCGUGUCCUUCUCCGAAGACAGCUCCUACUUUGUGACGGCAGGGAACAGACAUGUGCGCUUCUGGUACCUGGAUCACUCUGGCUCCACUAAGUUGGACAGUCCCGUGCCCUUACUGGGUCGCUCAGGACUUCUCGGGGAGCUGCAGAACAACUUCUUUUGUGACGUGGCGUGUGGGCGGGGCAACAAGUCAGGAAGUACCUUCUGCAUCACUUCCUCCGGCCUGCUGUGUGAGUUCAACGAGAAGAGGAUGCUGGAGAAGUGGGUGGACCUGAAGAGCACCAUGGCCAGGUCGCUGUGCGUGACGGCUGAGCUGAUCUUCUGUGCGUGUGCCGAGGGCACGGUGCGCGCCUUCAGCCCCACCGACCUCCGCUUCCUGGGCACGCUGCCCCGCCCUCACCACCUGGGAACGGACGUGGCCGCCGUCACCCAGCCCAGCCACCUGUUCUCCCAUGAGAGUGAUGCGAGGUAUCCCGACUCGGUGGCCGUGACCUAUGACCCCUCCAGCGGCUGGCUGUCGUGCGUGUACAACGACCACAGCAUGUACGUGUGGGACGUUCGGGACCUGCAGCGAGUGGGCAAGGUCUUUUCAGGCCUCUACCACUCAGCUGCCAUUUGGGACCUGCAGGUGUACCCUGAGAGUGUUGACACCUCUGGCUCGUUGCCCAGCUCCGUCUCCUUCCUCAGCUGCUCUGCUGACAACACCAUACGCUUCUGGAGCUCAGACACCCAGCGUGCUGUCUCCAACAGCAACAUCCUCAGCAACGACCUUCUGAAGGUGAUAUAUGUAGACAGCAGUAGCGCCGCCCUACUGGACACAGACAUGUUCAGCACCUCCAGCUUGGAGAAGCAGGACAGCGCGCCACCAGAGGUCAAGACGGGCAUCCGCACCAUCUGCGUCAGUCCCAACGGACGACACCUAGCCUCGGGCGACCGCACCGGCACACUCAGGGUGCAUGAUCUGUGCAGCAUGAAGGAGAUUCUGAAGGCGGAGGCUCACGAGAACGAGAUCCUCUGCUUGGAGUACUCCAAACCAGACACUGGUGUGCAUCUGCUGGCGACGGCGGGAAGAGACCGCCUGAUCCACGUGCUGAACGCUGAGCAGAACUACAGCCUGCUGCAGACACUGGACGAACACUCCUCCUCCAUCACCGCCGUGCGAUUCGCUGCCAAUGAUGGGAAAGUGAAGAUGAUCAGCUGUGGAGCUGACAAGAGCAUCUACUUCAGGACCGCUCAUGGGACCGCUAAAGGAACUGAGUUCAGGCGCACUCAUCAUGUGGUGAGGAAGACCAGCCUGGCUGACAUGGACGUGGACCCCACCUGUAAAUAUGCAGCCGUGGGUUGUCAGGAUCGGAGCAUUAGGGUCUUCAACAUCAGCAGUGGAAAGCAGAAGAAGUCCUACAAGGGCUCCCAGGCGCUCGACGGCACCGUCCUCAAGGUCCAGACAGAUCCAUCUGGGCUCUUCAUUGCCACCAGCAGCUCGGAUAAGAACAUCUGCCUCUACGACUACCAGUCAGGAGAGUGCCUGGCAACCAUGUUUGGCCACUCAGAGAUCAUCACGGGCAUUAAGUUCACCAGUGACUGUCGAUAUUUGAUCUCCGUCUCCGGAGACAGCUGUGUGUUUGUGUGGCGGCUGGCCCCUGAGUUGACCCUCACCAUGCGAAAUCACAUCGCCCAGCAGAAGAGGGCCCAGGCUGAUGUCACCAACAAGACACACAGGCAGGAGUUGUACAGCCCUCCACCUCAGGUUUCAGAGGAGGACGACGAGGAGGAGGAAGAUGAGGAAGAGGAUGAUGCUGCUUGUGAGGGUGAAGAUGAAGCGGAGGGUGAGGCUGCAUGUGUAGGGGGCAUAGAGGUGGCUCAGGAGUACGUCCCAGACCGCCAAAGACACACGCACAUCCUGCUACACACCAACUCCGAGAGCAGCAUAGGAGAUGCUUCAGAGUGUUCGGAGAGCUGGGAGCCUUCACAGCCCCAGCCCCAAUCUGCUGCUGCGGCCGCUGCUGCUGGGGAGUCGGCGCCGCGUCGUCGCUGGUCCUGCCGGGUCGGCUCCAUGGAGAUGGUGGUCCAGUCCAUGCUGGAGCUGCGGCAGCUGGAUCAGCUGGCCAACCUCAACUCUGAGGACGAGAGCGCCGAGCCCGAGCACGUCGCUCUCAAACAGAAGGGGGUAGCGGAGGAGGCGCCGUGUCUCCAGAGGAGGCCCAGUAGGCCCCCGCGUCCCCACUCCGCCUGGCUGGCUCCGGCCCUGACUCCGGAGCCCGAGGGGGUGGUGCUGUACCCGGAGCAGAGGUGGGGGAGGGGCAGCCACAGCAGUGGCAGUGGUAGCGCCAGUGGCAGCCUAGGGCGCGAGAGCCCGGAGUUCCAGGUGAGGGCCCAGACGUGCAGGGGAGAGGACUCGCAGGAGGAGACGUCCACCACCCCGAGCCACCAGGGGGGGUCGCACUCGCGCUCCCGCUCGUGCUCGCGAAGGGGGUCGGUCAGGGGGUCGCAGCGGCGGAGCACGGACAGCACGGCCUCCCUGGGCUACUGCAGCGGUGGCGUGUCCAGCCCGGAGCCACGCAGCACAGACUUUCAGAGUCUUGAGGACCUCAGCACAGACGCAGAUCGCUCCACCACGGAUGAGGAUGAGGAGGAGGUGAUGAUGAGACAUGGGAAGAGGCUCCACCAGACCAACUUCCAGAGGCUGUCUGCCCUCAGACACAGCACAGGAAGCCUUCGCAGACCCUGUCACAGACCUGUGCAAAGAACCCCUCUCAACUCCACUCAUUUUGAUCAGGACAACCAUGUGAGAGCCCAGUCUCCAAUGUCCCGCAUCCCACGCCGGCUGAGAGACAAGAGUCCCGGCGUCUGCGCGCAGCCCCUCGUCUCCGCAGUUCGCCCCCUGGUGGCGGAGCACACGCGCUACAGGGACCACACACAGGACAACAUCAUGUCUCCAAGGACAGGCCCCCGACGUAGGGGUUCUCAGGGGGACACCCUGGACAGCUGCGCAUCUCCAGAGGUGUACUAUGGUGGUGGUGGAGGAGGAGGAGGAGGAGCCAGGAACAGCCAUCUGCGCAGGGGGGCCUCGGGGGCAUGUGCCUCCCGCCUCAUCUCCAGGGCCCACCCCCCUCUCCACAAGUCCAUGUCUGCCCAGAACCUGUCUGUCGACACCGCCCGAAAGCAGCCCACCACUCCCGCUCGUCAAAGGAAGGAGUUCCACCAGCAGCACCAGCGCUCCCCAUCCACCCCGCUCCUCCUCCCCACCUCCCCGGGCCCUUUCUCCCCCUCCCCGGGCCAUCUCUCCUUCCCCUCCUCCCCCUCCUCCCCUUCCUCCCCGCCCCCGACCAGCCGCCUGCACUCCUACAUGAGCCCCACCACCAGCUCCAAGGCCAAGGUCUGCCGCUCCGUGUCCGCCGGCGAUGCCCUCAUCCUGGGCUACAGCUCCACCACCUCCCAGGAGACCGACCCAGGCACCGCCAGCCCGCCGAGGUCCACCAGCCCGCGCAUGCACGCCAAGACCUCGCCCAGGUCCCGCCUCCCCGCCGAGGGAGCCCUCUCCGAUAGGUUACUGUGCAGGCAGGCCUCGGCCUCGAGCAAUCACGCGUCGCAGGAGGCUCUGUCGAGCUCUGACGAGCGCCUCAGCUUGAGGCGUGAGCCCAGCUUUAUCAGGAAGCAAGUGCACGCAGACAGUGGGAAGGAGCGCCCUCUGUUGGCGGUGCAGGCGUUCUCCGUCGUGUCCGAGGACUCGUCUAGCAGCAGCACAGGGGCUGGUGUCACGGUGGAGAGCUGUCGGGAGGCGGCAGUGGAACUCCAGAGGACGCUGGAGAAGACCAUGGAGCUGUACAGGAGGGUGAAUUCUUGCGGUGCUCGGGGUGCUGAGCAGGUGGAGAUGGAGCAGGUGCUGGGGGAGGUGCUGGGCCGCGUGCGCACCGUCACCGACCACCUCCCGGCAACCGUGAGCCGCAAAGGGGAGGAGCCGAGCGGCGGAGGCGACGUGGCUUUGGCUCUGCUGGAGCAAUACUCACAACUGCUGCUCAAGUCAGUAGAGCAGAGACUAGAGAGCAAGGUCUGAGGACGAGGACACACACACACACACACACACACAUAC